CUCAGCAGAGAUCACUCACUGAUCAGAAAGAAAAAAAAAACUCAAAGUCGUCCCUAAGUCAAGAAAAUGCAACAAGGCGAUUACAGCACCUCCAAUAAUCCCUAUUACAACAACAACUACCCUAAUUCAGCUCCGAUCCCAUCACCACCUUCAUACGCCUCUGCUCCGCCCUUCACCGCCACUUACAACCCUCCUCCUCCUCCUCCUCCUUAUACCCACAAUCCCGAUUUACUCUCCUACAACCCUCCCUCACACUCCUACAACCCUCCACCACAGCCGCCGGCGUUGCAACAGCCUCAGUCCUCCUCUCCCUUUCCUUCAUUUGAAUCUCACGCGCCGCCGUACCACAAUCCACGUCAUUCUCAGCCUUAUUACGAUCAACCCACCCAGGCUACUCCUAAUUCUUCGUAUCCUUCAGUUUAUCCAGCUCCCAAUUAUGAUAAUAAUAAUAAUACAGGAAAGUUUGAUCAAAAUGGACCUUAUUUUGAUGAACCUGUGGAUAACUAUGGAAAUUAUGCUUCGUUGAGAGGUGAAUUUGGGGAAAAUGCUUAUGGGAAACGAACUGGAACUAGUGGAUUUGGUAAUGAUGGUUAUGGUGAUGGAGUUUUUGCUUAUCAAGGUAGUAAAGUAGAACCUUAUGGGGCAAGAGGGACUGGUUCAAAGUCGUCGACUUGGUCUUCGUCCAGUUUUGAUGAUUUUGGGAGGCCAAUUGGGUAUAAUAAUUCCACAAAGGAUCGUUUAUCUACUCCAACUGCGAAGAUUGUUAAGGCAAUUCCCAAGGUUGAUACACAGGAGGAUGUAAAAAGUGGUGUGCAAAAGUUCAGGGUGAAGUUAUUAGCUGAAAGUGGUGGACAAAGUACUCAAGAUGUUCUUUGCCAGAUUGGCUUGGAUGGAAUCCGCAUGUUGGACCCGAGCACUAGCCGGACGUUAAGAAUAUAUCCUCUUGACACGAUAACUCGAUGUGAUAAAACGGAUUCAUCUACCUUUGCCUUCUGGUCAAAAAGUGCGGUGGAUAUAGAACCAAGGCGUAUCAGACUGCAGUCAAACAGUUACACAACCAGUACCCUUUUAGAUACAGUCACGGCUGCAACUGUACAGUUCAAGGAGAUGGGUGGAAGAAUCAGGUCAUCUGAAUCUCCAAAGGUGGCUGAACAGCCUACUGAGAAGAAGAAAGGUCUUGCUGAUUGGAUUAAUAUAGUGAAGCCUGUCAAUGAGGAGAAAGAUCACUGGGUUCCUGAUGAAGCAGUUACCAAGUGCACAGCUUGUGGAUCAGCCUUUAAUGCUUUUGUGCGCAAGCAUCACUGUCGGAAUUGUGGAGAUAUUUUCUGUGACAAAUGCACUCAGGGAAGAACUGCACUGACAGCUGAUGAGAAUGCACCAGUUGUCAGAGUUUGUGACCGAUGUAUGGCUGAGGUUUCUCGUCGGUUAAGCAGCGCAAAGGAAACUGUCAAUAGAUCAACUGGAUUACAAAGUCAUGAAGACCUUGCCAAGAAGCUUCAGGAGGAGAUGGAGAGAAACCGAAGAGGAUCAUCUGGGUCUAGACAAGAUCGUUCGGGGAGGAUGAAAGAGGUUGCGUGCCCUACUUGUACAGUACAUUUGCAGGUUCAAGUUCCGAGCUCUGGUUCAGAGACUAUAGAAUGUGGGGUUUGCCAGCAUCCUUUCCUCAUUAGCUCGCACUGAUUUUGAUGUCUUUUGUCAAUGGAAGGAAGGAUUGCAAACUCUUUUCUGGUUUUGUGUGUUCUCAUAUUUUGUGCAUCUGUGAAUAUUCGGAUUGUUUGUGACGUCUUUGGUUGGUUAGUUGAUCCCUUUGUUUCCGCGAAAGGCAAUUUGCCCAUUUGAUUUAUAUUAGCGGGAAGAAAUCCAACGCUUGCUUCCUUUUCUUUUUUCUUUUUAUGGAGAAACUUUAAAUUAA